GAACUUCACGGGGAAAAAUCUAGCUACUAAAAGAAACGUAAAAACCCUGUUGUCAGUUGGAGGACCCGAAGGCGAAGCCCACAGGGCGUUGGUAAACCUGACAAAAACAGAGGAGCAGAUAUCCAUCUUUUCAUAUAACGCCAUCAGCUACUUGAGGUUCUAUGGAUUUCAUGGUCUAGAUAUUGACUGGCAGUACCCUUCAACGCUGAGCAUGAAGGCUGGUCUUAUAAAGCUCCUAGAGAUCUUAAGACGUGAUUUUGACAGUAAUACCGCUGGUGAGAGACUGCUGCUAACUGUGAAGUGUCCAGGUGUGUAUUCCAGCGAUGGGUACGACGUCCCGCUUAUGUCAAGAUACGUGGAUUAUGUCGUUCUGGCCGCUUACAAUCUCCCAACACCAAAUGCGAUGCAAGCCUGGUUUGGUAGCCCCUUGUACUCAACACACAUAAGUGUGAAUUCUUCAGUCAGAGAGUGGCUCGACGAAGGUCUGCCAGCCAACAAGACGGUUGUGGGGAUCACUAGUGUUGGUCGCUUCCUGCGUCUGCUCGAUGUCCUUAGAUUCACACCUGGCGACCCCAUUAACGAGACGCUAAGGGGAAACGACUACAACAUACCAGGCGGCCUAGCAUAUUCUGAGAUAUGUGUGAUGUUAAAAAUAGUAGAGACAUUCUUUGACGAAGCUGCCCAGAUGUACUAUUUGGUUUCAGAAAAUACUUGGGUUGGGUACGAGGAUUUUGAUAGUAUAACAGCAAAGAUUACGUGGAUGAAAAAUCUUAACCUAGCAGGGGUAAUGUUUCCAGAAAUUGACAUGGACGAUUUCAAUGGAACGGUGUGUGGGUACGGCCCAUUCCCUUUCAUGAAUAUGAUAAAACACUUAUCCGAAACGAUAACAACUGCGAGACCCUCACAAACAUCAACAACAACAGCCACAGUGACAAGAAAUGAAACAACAACUGCAGCUACAGAUGUCACCUCUACAACUAUUAUCCAAGAGACGACAGAUAAUCCCACACUUCGUGCAGACAGUACAACUGCAGACAAUAUGCAGGCGGGAACGACGAACCACUCCACAGUGACUAUAUUUGCAAUCUUUUUGGCCAUGUGUGUGUUUGCCACUGUGGUGGUUUGUCUCGCUAGAAAGCAUUCUAUGUCUGACAAACACAGACUACAAGAACAGAUUAGUCAUCGUUGA